GUGCCACCGGGAGAGGGGUGACAGACUGCUGCGCGUCAGGGGAUACCAGUCACCAUCCGCACGGUUCAAGCGACAUCCCGCCGCGGGCAAUGACAUUAUCAGACUGAGGUGGGAAUACACGAGAAAACGAAAAAAUGACGGUGGACUUUGAAGAAUGUAUAAAAGAUUCACCCCGAUUCAGGGCUGGCAUCGAUGAUGUGGAGACAGACGUGGUGGAGAUUGAGGCGAAGCUCGACAAGCUGGUGAAGCUGUGCAGCGGGAUGAUCGAGGCUGGCAGGGCCUACGUCAGCGCCAACAAGCUCUUUGUUAACGGCAUCAAGGACCUGUCCCAGCAGUGCAAGAAAGAGGAGAUGAUAUCGGAAUGCCUUGAAAAGUGUGGAGAAAGCCUCCAGGAGAUCGUCAACUACCACAUGAUUUUGUUUGACCAGGCUCAGAGGUCGAUCAAGCAGCAGCUGCACACCUUCAUUAAAGAGGAUGUGCGUAAGUUCAAGGACACCAAGAAGCAGUUUGACCGGGUGCGUGAGGACAUGGAGCUGGCUCAGGUGAAGAAUGCCCAGGCGCCGAGGAACAAGGUGCAUGAGGCCGAAGAGGCCACGCAAGCCCUCAUCCUCAGCCGCAAGGCCUUCAGGCACCUGGCCCUAGACUACGUCCUACAGAUUAAUGUGCUUCAGGCCAAGAAGAAGUUUGAAAUUCUGGAUGCAAUGCUGUCCUUCAUGCGUGCCCAGUACACCCUGUUCCAACAAGGCUUUAACAUCCUGGAUGAGAUCGACCCCUACAUGAAAAGACUGGCUGCGCAGCUGGAUCAGCUGGUCAUCGACUCGGCCAUGGAGAAGAGGGAGCUGGAGCACAAACACGCUCUCAUCCAGCAGAGGACUCUGAUGCAGGACUUUUCUUAUGAUGACCCCAAGUUGGAAUUCAAUGUGGAUGCACCCAAUGGUGUGGUCAUGGAGGGCUACCUCUUCAAGAGGGCCAGCAACGCGUUCAAGACCUGGAACAGGCGGUGGUUUUCGAUACAAAACAGCCAGCUGGUCUACCAAAAGAAACUCAAGGAUUCUCUGACUGUGGUGGUGGAGGACCUGAGGUUGUGCUCUGUCAAACCAUGUGAAGAUAAUGAGAGGAGGUUCUGCUUUGAGGUGGUUUCACCCACCAAGAGCUGCAUGCUGCAGGCUGAGUCUGAGAAGCUGCGGCAGGCUUGGAUCCAGGCGGUCCAGGCAAGCAUUGCCUCUGCUUACAAAGACAUCGCUGACAAUUAUUAUAUUGAGCGUUUGGACCGGACAGCCUCGCCCUCCACCAGCAGCAUCGACUCUGCCAGCGAGCCCAGAGAGAGGGGGGAGAGGGCUGAUAGGGGUGUUCGGGGAGGUGGAGAAAGCCUCCUCCAGAGGGUGCAGAGCCUGCCAGGCAACGAGCUGUGCUGUGACUGUGGUCAGCUGGCCCCGUGCUGGGCCUCCAUCAACCUGGGAGUGCUGCUCUGCAUCGAGUGCUCAGGGAUCCACAGGAGUUUAGGCGUCCAUUGCUCUAAAGUGCGUUCACUGACGUUAGACUCAUGGGAGCCAGAAUUACUCAAGCUGAUGUGUGAAUUGGGCAACACUGUGAUCAAUCAGAUUUAUGAGGGAGCCUGCGAGGAGCUGGGAGCAAAAAAACCUGGACCGUCCAGUUCAAGACAGGAGAAAGAGGCCUGGAUCAAGUCUAAAUACGUGGAAAAACGAUUCCUGAAGAAGAUGAGUGGGAGCGAGGCACUGGUGGAGGGUGAUAGGAAGUCCCGGGCCUGGACAGUGAAGAAGUGCCAGCGACACAGCAGCUCCGUUCGAGCCCCCAACAAAGCCCGCAGGAAAUACCAUCGCUACGAGCCGGGCAGCGCUUCACCUGCAAACCUCUCUGCAGCAGCUGCAGCAAAGUUUCGCCGUGACUCCCUGUUCUGUCCAGAUGAGCUGGAUUCACUAUUUUCCUACUUUGACACCGGCUCUGGUCCUCGCAGCCCCGCAGGUCUUAGCAGUGACAGUGGUCUAGGAGGAAGUACGGACGGCAGCACAGACAUCCUGGUUUUUGGCUCAGUGGUGGACAGUGUCACAGAAGAAGAGGAGGAGUCGGAGGAGUCCUCCAGUGGUGAGGUGGAGAUCGAGCAGGAAGUGUCUUCAGACCCCGAAGACCCGAGGGAGCUCCACCCCGGGGCGCUCCUCCACCGAUCCUCCCGUCUACACAACCUACCACUCAUGGUGGAGGCCCUGGCACACGGUGCUGACGUACACGCGGCGAGUGAGGAGGAGGAGGGGAAAACGCCGCUCAUUCAGGCCGUGAUCGGGGGCUCUCUGAUAGCUUGUGAGUUCCUGCUACAGAACGGCGCAGAUGUGAACCAGAGGGACAUGAGAGGCAGAGGCCCGCUGCACCACGCCACCUAUCUGGGUCACACCGGCCAGGUGUGCCUGUUCCUGAAGAGAGGAGCAUCACAGACGGAGGUGGAUGAGCAGGGUCAUGACCCCCUAAGUAUCGCUGUCCAGGCCGCCAACGCCGACAUCGUCACCCUUUUGCGUCUGGCGCGGAUGAACGAGGAGAUGCGAGAAGCGGAGGCUCCGUUGGGUCAACCAGGGGUUGCCACGGGCAGCAGGAGAGUUAAACCCAAGGAUGUUCGGGAUAGAGUGAGUGAAGCAUCCUGGGCCGUCUUACUAGGGCAUCAGUGUGAUUCUGUGAUUCUCUCUGCUCUGGUGGUUGUGAUCUUUAAGGUGUCUUGGUCUGUGGCCCUCUGUGCUGCGCACACACACAUGCAAACACUGGGAAAAUAUUUGGUGUUGUCUUCAUGUUGGGAAUCUUUUCUGUCUUUUGGGGAGAAACGAGGCAUUUGGAAGCACGCAGAGUUUUUAUUGUGUCCUCAGAAUAAGAUGUCUGGAGACCCAGCUAUAAUGCAGCAUUCAUAUAGUAGGUACUAGGUCACAUAGAAUGGGUAAGUACAUACAACACACUUCAUAUUAUGAAAUCUGAAUUAGAAUAUUUAGCACAUGGAUCCAGGGAUCAUCACUUGGUGUGUACAAGAGCGGAAAAGGGAUCCCAGGAUGAUGGAGGAGUGAAAUGGACGGGAUGCUCACCACUCUUUCCCUGCAAGUUCCUAAUUUUCUGUUCUGCAAACUAACCAUUUACAACGAUAAUGUUUAGAUAAAUUUGCAUAAAAUAUUGUAUCCUGAACAAAUAGGUAUCUAUCUAAUAGAGUAGCUUCACUCUAUCUUGGGGGCUUUGCUCUUUCAUGCAGAGGUUUUUCCUCUCUGUCUUUCUUCCUGAAUGGUGAUUUGUGGGUUACUGGCGAUUGCAGUAUUUGCUGGCUUCUUGCCUUCAUGUCAUGUCAUUAAAAAGGCUUGUUAAAGGCAAGCAAAAAACAGCAGAUUGAUCAUUGCGGUCUCCAUGGCGCCCCGCAGUGGAACCCCCCUCCCCUGACUUUAGUAUCCCGUGUUGCAGGUGACAUCUCCCAUGUUGAUGUCUUUCGCGAGUUUUCUCUACUCGCGUCGCUCCAGCCCGAGAAGUUGAGGAGAAGGAGCCAACAGUUCAGCUGCUGCAACAACCCACAGUGACCACCCACCGCCACUUCCUCUGACCACUCCUCAGUCACUUUGGAAUCAAGAGGGAGGCAGCCAUGUGCCCUUGAAUAAGACAUUUUGAUCCUGGGGAGUGAGUGCUGCAGGUGGAAGCAAAUACCCUUCAGGCAAAAGUUAAAUCUCUAUUAUAUCAGGCUUGAAGUUGCUCUCAAUUGCUUCUGCAAACGUGUUCGGGCAGUGUCAAAAUCAUAGAACUCAGUCAUGUCAAAAUGUUAUACAGUUCAAAGAGUUGUUUUGUAUAGAUAUUUUUUCAGUUGACCCAGUUGGCACCAGUUUUGAUUUCUGGCAAUGAAUUAGCAGCAUUGCAUUAUGUUAUUUUGAAAUACCAGCAAUUUAGUAUUGCACUUUAGUAAAGCUGGGCAGCUCACAAGAGAUGCAUUUAAAAAGAAACUUCAGAAUUGAAGCAGUAAAACCCAAGACUUUAACUCUCAAGUGUGGCCUCAAACAUUGGAUCCCACAUUUGCCAUGCUUUAACCAUAUUUGUUCGAUCCCCCCUCCAUAAGUGUAAAUGUCAUGGACAUGGACGGUAAAUGUCCAUGUCUUCAACACUUAACCCUCAUGAUAUUGUCUGGGUUUUCUUCCUCCAGAGCUAUAGAAAACAUUAUGCAGCUGUGUCCACAGGCUUAAUCGUACUCUCUGUGAUGAGUUAACUAAACUUGAUGUUCAAUAAAGAGCCCCUUUCAAUGCUUUGUAUGAUUUUAUUUUGUCAAUUGCAAAUCUCUGAUUAGAUGAUUUUCAUUUUUUAUGCAACUGGUGGCUGAAAUAAAAUAAAUACCCUA